AUGUCGCCUCCGCCGCCAACAUGUCCUACACCACAGACGACGAAUGUCAAGAACUCACGACUACGAUUACUGAACGCCCUCCGAGAUGGCCAAUACCCACUCCUUGCCUUCAUGGCUUUGCCCCCAGUGCGCAUCGCACAGAUCGUCGCCCUUACUGGACUAGACAGCAUAAUCAUCGACGGCGAGCACGGCCACAUCAGCGACGACUCAAUGCACAACUCCGUAGCCGCCAUCUCAGCAUUGGGAGUCUCACCAGUCAUCCGCAUCAGAGGUCCAGUCCACGACAUCAUCAAACGAGCCCUAGAUACCGGAGCCCACGGCAUCAUGGUGCCCCAGAUCAACAAUGCAGAAGAAGCACAACAGAUCGUGGCAUCAUCCAAGUUUCCACCGCAAGGUGUGCGUGGACAGGGCUCCGCUUUCCCAGCGAUUGCUCAUGGUCUGACGACGCCCGAAUACAUGAAGAGCGCGAAUGAAACUCUCAUCACCAUGAUCCAGAUUGAGACCAAAGCCGGAGUCGAGAACGUGGAUGCAAUCUGUGCAGUGCCCGGUGUUGAUAUGGUCUUCAUUGGACCGAAUGAUUUGGCCAUAGACCAGCUGUUUGCAGGUCGUUAUGCCUUUCAAGUCUGGCUCGCCGUCGCCUGGCCUGUGACGGAUCUACCCCUGAUACAGCUCGAGCUGUAG